CCAUGCAUAGGUAGUUAAUUUACACCCAGAGCCACAACGUUUACUGCAGUGAAGAGAAGGGAGCAGCCAUUUUCCUGAAGACUUUAAUUAAAAACACAACACAUUUUGCCAGCUUUUGUUUAUAUCUGAUGAUAAAUAGGGGUUUAAUCUAAAAUUAAAAAUCAUUUUAUUUCAGGGUUUUGCGUGUUUGUCAUCGCUUUAGCUAACGUAGCCGCGUGAGCCCAUCGCGUGUCGCCGACGAAGGUUGACAACAUGUCACGACCACGGUCCAGAUCACCGCAUUACAGGAGGUUCCCAUGGGAUGAACCUGACUUUAAUCAUCACAAAGUUGUUGCAGACCUGGACACUAAUCCGUCAGAUAGGAGCCCCUUCCCUGAGGAACACUGGGGAGACUUUAGGGAGGACAUGCACCCUGAAGCCCAGAGAAGAUCCCCUCCUUUCCAAGAUGACCGUCAGUUUGGACAUCAACGUCAUCCAACCAAGGAGGACUUUCACCCCAGAAGACUACUAUCGCCGCAUCGUGAUGCUGUUGGCUUUGAAGAUGACCGGAGGCUUUCCUCGCUGCAAGUUGGAGCAGGAGAUAGACACAGAGGAGGCUUCAAAGAAAUAUUCCAGAGUUUUGAAAACAGGCAGAGGUUGCCACAAUCGCCUCCAAGGCUCGAGAGGGAAACAUUGCCGCCGAUGCCAAGGCCUCACUCAGACCACAAACAAAGAGAGCCAGUAGGAGGCUGGAGGAGAGAGGAGCAGGGCAGAGGUCAAGGGGGGUUCAGGGACCUCAGUCCCAGUGUGAGAUCGGAUGACCAGAGAGGAGGACCAGGUAGGGAGAGAGAAAAGAGGAACACGCAGGGUCCUUUUAGAGACAGGCGGAGAGAGGAUUCACAGCAGGACAAGAACCCCUCCUUUAAAAUGCAAAGAAGAGAAAUGGAUGACGCCACUCACCUUGGGAAUGAGGAGGACUUUGGGGAACAGCGUUACUCGGUGAACUCUCCCAGAGAUAGGUUUGGAGGAGACGCUCAGGUGGGCCUCCCCCGUGGAGACAUUCGGCACUCGGGAGCACUCGUCAUUGAACAUGGUCACGGCAUCGCAAACAGCAGACAACCGCCACAAUGGGAAAAAUGUAGCAGUCGUGGAGACCCUGACUUUGAUCGACCUAGGAGUCCCCGUCCCAUGAGCUCCUCCCAGGAGCGUUUUAGGGCGCCGGACAGCAGGGUGGAUGAUGGUGAAAACACAAGGGGACGCCAUUUUCAAGAUAACUGGAAAGAAUCCAACUAUAAUGAAACGAGGAGGAACCCCACUCCCCAAGAUAUACCAAACCCCGUGAAAUAUGGUAAUCGAGGUCAUGUGAACCCCAGGGGGAGGGGCGGCCCUCGCCAAGCAAAAGGGCAAUUUAAUCGCGGUCAAGGAGGACGGACCCCAGUUCCAAGGAAUCAACCUCGCGUACAGCAGUCCUCCCAGGGAUACCAAGGUCUGGAAGAGCAAAGAGCAGCUUUCCGACCCUUAAGGGAUGAUUCCUACGAGGAUCCCAUUGAAGAGGAGCCUGAGUGGGCAGAAGAAGACAGAAUUCAGCAGUGGAAACCUCAGAGGCCUGUAAGCGUGGACCAUCGCCUACAGAGGAAUGACUUUGACCCGAAAAUGCCCCGUCAGAGGGCGCGAGGAUUGAACGGACAGAAAACCAACAACCAUACGAGCGUCGCAACGGAGGAAACGCUAACCAUCAAAGUGGACAUGAGCCGACCCGCAAAAACAAACAGCUUGCUGUUUUACUCCUCCGACCGGCAGCUCUCGUUAGACCUGGUUAACGUCGGCCGGCAGCGCCUGGACUUCCUGCCGAUGCUCGAGCACUCGGGCACGUACCGGGAGAAUGCCACGCACACCGGGACCUUCGCCCAGGAAAUCAUCACACUGGUGCACCAGGUCAAAGAGCAGUAUUUCAGAUCUGAUGGGGCCAGCCUGAAUGAGAGAUUCUCAACGCCUCAGAAAGGGGUCUUCUCUGAGGAGGAGGAGACCGAGGAGCUGACGCUGGACGAGAGGUUCAGCGAAAACCGAGGCUUCAGCUUAAAUAUGAACUCGCUGCUUGACGAAGAAGAGCCUCUGUUCUCCAGACUGGGACCUUUACUGCCGGUGCGGGGCCCGGGGGACCUGAGGCACGACCUGGAGCGGAGGAGGCAGGAGAGACUGGAGGGAGUCAAAGUCACGAUAUCAGGGAGCAAUAUGUCACAGCGCCCCCUCGGGCCCAUCAGCGAGCCGAGUUUAGAGUACGAAGACAACAUGUCUCCGAUGGAGGAGGAAGGCUUCUCCAACUGGCCGGAGGAGCAGAGCAGGAGGCGAGAAGGAAACAUGGGACCAAGGAGAGGCGCUCCCUUCGCCGCCCAGCGCAGAAACACUCGCCCCGUUAACCGGCUCGGACCAAUGAGACGACCAAACAACCGAAACCCCCCCGUAGGUCCUAACUGGUGAUCGGAAACUGGACAUGUAUCCUGUUACGGAUGACUUUUAAACCUUACCUUCAAAAAAAGCCAAUCAAAUGUAUAUUGUGUCCAUUUCAGGACAAAUAAAUGGUGUUGGUUUUUCCCUUGCAUCAAAUUGUGAAGAAGUCUCAGUGAAAAAAAGCUAUUUGAUUAAGAUGAAUGUUGAAACCCCUUUCCAUCUUUGUUUAAAUGUGUCUUUGUAGAGUCUUGAUUUAAAGCAAUGUUUUUUUAUUUUUUACUCAAACGGUCGCUGUUUAUCAGAAUUAAUUUCAUUUUCCAACAUCUACAGGUUUAUUGUUGGAGAUAAAUACAUUUAGUUAAUUGCGCUCGUGUGAAUCAACGGUACUUAAAAACGCUCUUUGUUCACUAAGUCGUUAUUUCUGUCUUUGUCUCGGAUUGAUCACGUCUGUACCGUUUAGUUUAACGUCACCGUUAUUGCUGAAUAAAUACAAUGUUUCUCA